AUGAAUCAUAAAAAUGAUGAGAUUGACAGUUUAAGUGAAUAGAUACUAAAAAUUGGUAUGGUUUCUAUGGCAUUUUGAUAGGCCUUUAGAAAGUUUUCCAAGAACUAUCAAAACCAUUUGAUUGUUCUUUGUAACCUGAAUAAAUAAUACGACUCCUAAGUGUAUUUCAUUAGAUGAUUCAAUAAUGUUCACUUCCAAAGGAAUUAUUUGCUGAUUGUAAUAUAAGCAUGAUUUAAAAUACUCUCAAUACUAGUUUUGCAUUAGAGAGAUUACCUACUGAAUUAAACUUGACAAUAUCUAAAAGUUUGAAUGUGGCACCUAGUUGGGAUAACACACCUAAACAAACUUUAUAGUAAAAUUACUUUAAAGAUGAACCUAAUUACAGGAAGAGUAUGACUGAUAAGAAAAUCUAUUUUUAAGAAUUGAGAGAACCUCUAACUUAUCAAUAGAUUUUAUAAGUCUAUUAUAUUUAUUUAAAAAAAGUGUGUAUGCAAUAACUUUGUGAUAUACCAAUUAUAGAUUGUUUCGUAAUCUAAAAUAUCUAAUGUUUGGGAUUGAGAAUAAUUGAAGGAUAGAGAAAUUAGAAACUUCGUUUUUGUUUUGAUUUAAUUAUUAAAGAUCUAAUUUCAUAUCAAAAUUAGACAAUUGAUUUAUUGUCUAAAUUAAUGAGUAUUCAUGAUAUGAAUUAGAUUUAAGAGAUUUAUUUAUAAAUGUAUUGGGUUAGCAAACAAUUAAAAUAUUACUGUAAUUUAAACAGAUAUAAUUUGGAUUAAUCUAAGUUUAAAGAGUUUAAGAAAAACCAUAAUUUUUGUAGAUAAAAAUAUAAAAUAUGUGAAUCUAAAGAGAGAAUCAAUAGAGAAGAUUUAAAAGACAACCAUAAUUUCUAUAAGUAUGAAAGAACACAAUUAUAUAACCAAUUUUGA